UCCCGACGCGGCGGCUUCUUCUUCUUCUUCUUCCCUGCCGCCUUCCCCUUCUCCUCCUCCUCGACCUCCUGCCCGGCUCUGGUUGGCUUGGUCGCCGCGGCGGCUGGUGCUGCUGGGCGGGAAGCGCCGCUCGCUGAAGGAGCGCCGGGCGGCAUAUGUGGUGUUUGUAAAAAUGGCAGUGCCCUUUGUGGAGGACUGGGACCUAGUGCAGACCCUUGGAGAAGGGGCCUAUGGAGAAGUUCAGCUAGCUGUGAACAGACGCACUGAAGAGGCAGUUGCAGUGAAAAUUGUUGACAUGAAACGUGCAGCGGAGUGCCCAGAUCAGAUUAAGAAGGAAAUCUGCAUUAACAAAAUGUUGAAUCAUGAGAACAUUGUAAAAUUCUAUGGGCACCGGCGAGAAGGCACUAUUCAGUAUCUCUUCUUGGAGUACUGCAGUGGAGGAGAACUCUUCGACCGAAUAGAGCCUGAUAUAGGAAUGCCUGAACCAGAUGCCCAAAAGUUUUUCCACCAACUUAUAGCUGGUGUGGUCUACCUCCAUAGUAUAGGAGUAACCCACAGGGAUAUUAAGCCAGAGAAUCUCUUGCUAGAUGAAAGAGAUAACCUCAAAAUUUCUGACUUUGGCCUAGCAACUGUAUUUAAAUAUAAUGGUCAUGAGCGAUUGUUGAACAAGAUGUGUGGCACACUCCCAUAUAUUGCUCCAGAGGUCCUUAAAAGAAAAGAAUUUAAUGCUGAGCCAGUUGAUGUCUGGUCCUGUGGAAUAGUACUCACUGCUAUGUUGGCAGGAGAAUUGCCAUGGGAUCAGCCUAGUGACACUUGUCAAGAGUACUGUGAUUGGAAAGAAAAGAAAACAUACCUUACACCAUGGAAGAAGAUUGAUUCAUUGCCCUUGGCUUUACUUCUCAAAAUACUAACUGAGAAUCCUGCAUCAAGGCUUACUAUUGCAGACAUAAAAAAGGACAGAUGGUAUACAAAACCUCUAAAGAAAGGUAUAAAGCGACCUCGGGUCUCCUCUGGGGGACUUUCAGAUUCUCCAGGAGGUUUUUCUAAGCACAUUCGAUCUGAUAUGGACUUCUCACCCGUGAAAAGUGCACACAGUGAGGAAAGAAUGACAUGUUCCAAUUCCCAGCCAGAACUGGGCACUGGGUUCUCCUUGUGGGACAGCAGUCCAGCCAGUAUUGACAAGCUAGUUCAAGGGAUCAGCUUCUCCCAACCAGCCUGCCCUGAACACAUGCUACUGAAUAGCCAGUUGCUUGGCACACCGAGUUCUUCACAGAACCCAUGGCAACGGUUGGUGAAGAGAAUGACCCGUUUCUUUCUAAAGCUGGAUGCUGCUCAGUCCUACAGCAUCUUGAAGGAAGUUUGUGAAAAGAUGGGCUAUAUUUGGAAGAAAGGCUGCACAAACCAGGUCACUAUUUCAACCAUGGAUAGAAGAAACAACAAACUAAUUUUCAAGGCAAAUCUGGUGGAAAUGGAAGACAAAAUUCUUGUGGAUUUCCGUCUGUCGAAGGGUGAUGGUUUGGAGUUCAAGAGGCAUUUCCUGAAAAUCAAGGGGAAACUUAGUGAUGUUGUCAGCAUACAGAAGCUGUGGCUUCCACCCACAUGAUUGUGUCGAGUUGAGAUCUGAUCAGUGUUGGAUCUUGUCACAGUGACUUGGUGUCUUCUGCUGAGAGACAAUUAUGCCUGCCACAGUCUGAACCCAGAUGUUCAGUGGUUUACUUGGUUAACUCGCUUAGUUGUGUCAGGUAUAUAAGUAAUCUGCAUAUAAUACCAAGCAUUGACUGCUGUGAUGGGGGGAAAGUUUGCUACUGUAUCUCACAUCUGACUGUGAUCAUGACAAAGUUGCCAGUGCCUUAGUUUAUGGGAAGUUCUUAGCUUGAAUUAUUUUUGUAUGUCAGUCAAGACCCAAAUAUCUCUGUUCCCUUCUUUCUCCAAACUGCUGCAGUCACAAAAUACUGCCCAACUGAAGUUUGGGGACAAGCUGCAGCAUUCUUUUUUUUAAAUUUUUGCAAAAGUUCACUUUUUUAUAAAUUUCAUAAUCCCAAAAUAUACAAAAUUUUUGAAAUGUAGAAUGAAGUCUUUAAUAUGACAUGUUUUGGUGUAUAAUAAUGUGAAUAUCUGAAUGAAGCUAUACUUCUAAUUCUUCACUUUUUUUAUUCAUUCUCUCUAAGAGCCAAACUAAACAAUACUGUAUUCCUGAGUUUGUUGCAAGGACAUGCAGCAGCUCGGGGGGUGGGGUGGGGGUGGUAAGCAGCUUCUGUCCCCCUCCCCCACCGAUUUUCAAAAGCUAGUGUGGCUGGCCAUUCUGGCUCUUGAAAAAACUGUAUGUGUGCGGGGGAAGGAGACCCUCAUCUCCCGUGCCCCAGAUGAAUCAGUGCACCCACCGUGUUC